AUGUACGCACAGGCACAGGGCCCUGUGUGUUGUGUGAUGGGGCCCUUGCACACACAGGCGCUCUGCAUCUCCUUGCAUGUUGGGAGGCCCCAUGCUCUGUGGCAAGGAGAUGCAGAGCGCGAGAGGAGUGGUUGGUAUGCGUCUGGAACGCAGAUGCAGGAUGAGGGGCCUGGGGGGGCAUUUGGUGUUCGUGUGUGUGGGAGGCUGUUUGUGGUCCAAGAGCGCAUCUUCUCCCUCCCCCGCCCUCCUCUCACGCCCCAUUGCAGGUUCUGCUUGUCCGGCUCCUCCGACUCAAUCAUCCGCCUGUGGGACCUGGGGCAGCAGCGCUGUGUGCACUCCUACGCAGUACACACAGACUCGGUGUGGGCUGUGGCAGCCAAUGAGGAGUUCACACGUGUCUACAGCGGGGGCAGAGAUGCAUGUGUCUAUGUCACCGAUCUGGCCACGCGGGAAAGCAUCCUAUUGGCCAAGGAGGAUCGCCCCGUGCUCCACCUGGCGUUACAGCCUGGUGGGGAGAGAGGGGGAAAGGGGAGAGGGGGAAGGGAGGACAGAAGAGAAGGGGGGGGUGGGGAUGCGUGGAUAGGGGAGGACGGGGAGAAGGCAGCAAGGAGGGUGGCGGGUGGGGUGGAUGAGCAAGUGACUGGAGCAGCAGCAGCGCAAGCAGACUGCGAAGGAGAUGAGGCAAGAAGAGGGGCGGGAGCAGGAGAGGAGGAGGGGGGCGUGUCACCGAAUGGGCCGGUGUUCUGUGCGAGUCCUGACCUCUCUGCCAGCACAUUCAUCGCCAGCAGCCUUGGGGUGUCCCGCGCCCGAGCCAGUGUGGAGAGCUCUUUCUCUUUGGUUCCCCUAUUCCCCCAUCCCAUCGCCGCCAUCCCUGGCACCGCACCCAUCACACGCCAUGCCAUACUGAACGAUAGGCGGCAUGUGCUCACGCGGGACGAGGGAGGUGUGGUGAAGCUGUGGGAGAUCACCCGGGGUGCUGUUGUUGCCAAUUACGGGGUGGUGUCAUUUGAAGAAAAAGAGAAAGAGCUCUUUGAAAUGAUCAGCGUGAGCCCGUGGUUCUCAGUGGACCUCCGCUUUGGCUGCCUAUCUCUGCACCUGGAGUGCCCGCAGUGCUUCUCUGCUGAGAUUUAUGCCACAGACUUGGACGUGCCGGGAGCAUCUGAAGACCUAAAGCUGAACCUGGGUCAACAAACCCUACGAGGCCUGCUAUGGCCAUGGCUCAACGAGAAGAGACUUCCUCCCGUGCACUCCUCCCACACACCCGCCUCCCUCACUCCCUCCUCCUCCCUCACUCACUCCUCUUAUCCCUCCUCCGCCACAACCACUGCCACCACCACCACCUCCUCUUCCUCCUCUUCCAAUGCACACACCGGGUUAAGACGGUCUGCCUCUGCUGCAGCUGCCACAGCAGCAGUGCCAGCAGCAGCAGCAGCAGCAGCAGCAGCCACACCAAUCCCAGCAGCAACAGAAGCAGCAGAAGCACAAGGGAGGGCAGUGGGGCCAGCAGGAGAAGGAGCAGGAGCGGGAGGAGGAGUAAGAUCAGGAGCAGGAGGAGCAGUAGCAGCAUCUACGUCAGAAGAGGAGGGAGAAGAGGACGUGUUAUCUGGCCUACUCCCCUCCUUCGAGUUCCCCAACCAGUUCCCGCCCUCUAUAAUCACAGAGGGCCCUCGGUUCGGCCCGUGGCGGCGGCGGGUUGUGACUCUAGCAGCGGACGGGGCGGGGUGGGAGGAAGCGAGGCUGCUGCUGCCUGGCUGGUGUGCUGACUGCGUGUGGAACGACCGACUGCCCCAGCGGGACCCUAGCAAGUGCAGCUUCUACCUGCAACCCCUGGAUGGCUCACAGCUGCGGCCUCUGACACAGAACAAGCUGAGCGCUCCCAAGAUUCUCAAAAUCCUCAAGGUGAUGAGCUAUGUGCGGGAGAAGCUGGGAUUGGAUGACUUGCAAGAGGAAGAGGAGGAGAGCGGAGGGGGGAUGAAGGGGAGAGCAGGUGGGCCAGUAGGACCCCUGGCCCCUCCUGUGGUGGUUGAGAUUUUCUGCAAUAAUCAGACGCUAGUCAUGGCUUCCGCUCUCGCCGCGUCGUCGCUGUCGUCCCGCAUUUCCACCAGUCUAGCGUCGGCGCUUCCUAGACACGUCAGCAGCAGCCGCGUCUCGCGGCUCGUCGUCAGAGCGUCCAGCGAUGACGAGGAAUUCGAGGCUCGUCUGGAGCGCCUAAGGCGGAAGAACGCGAGCGGAACGGGGAAAAAGGCGGAGGAGCGGAAAGCUAAGGCCAGCGGAGACGCUCCGCCUGCUUCCUCCUCGUCAUCCGCUUCCUCCACGUCAGACGCCACGUCAGCAGCUGCAGAGGCAGCUAAAAUCGCCGAGAUCCUGCCUCCUCUUCCACUGAAGGAUCCCAUGUCCGACGGGCUACCAGUUUCGCUCGGAUUUUCUGCGUACACGGAGAGAUUGAGCGGACGGCUCGCAGCCAUUGGAUUGGCUGCUCUUGUCUCGGUGGAGCUCGCAUCCGGAUCGUCCAUUUUGGAGUAUCACGACGGCGCGACGAUCGCGGUGCAGGUGUAUUUUCUCCUAGGGCUUGGCGCGCUCUACGUGAAUCUACUUACUUGUUUCCCUCUCCCCUCAUAUUCACAACCCCCGUCCUGCCCUUCUUCCACUCUCUCUCAUUACCCUUCCUUUACCCCCUUCCGCCAUUUCCGCCCCCCUCCCUCCCUCGUCUCCCCUCUCCUACCCCCUCCCUCUCUUCCCCCCUCCCCUCUCCUCCCCCCUCUCCCCUCUCCUCCCCCUCCCCUCUCCUCCCCGCUCUCCACGAACCUGCCUCAUGCUUUUCUCAUCUCCAACUCCUCCAUCCCUCUCUUCACUCUAUCUCCUCCCCCCCUCCUUUACUCCCCUCUUCACUCUCUUCCCCCAUCCUCUCCCCUCCUCUCCUCUCCCCUCCUCUCCCCUCUUCUCCCAUCCUCUCCCCUCCUCUCCUCUCCUCUCCCCUCCUCUCCCCUCCUCUCCCAUCUUUUCUCCUCCUCUCCUCUCCUCUCCUCUCCCCUCCUCCCCCCUCCUCUCGCCUCCUCUCCCCUCCUCCCCCCUCCUCUCGCCUCCUCUCCCCUCCUCUCGCCUCCUCUCCCUUCCUCUCGCCUUAGCUCCCCUCCUCUCUCCUCCCCACCCCUCCUCUCCCCUCCUCUCCCCUCCUUUCCCCUCCUCUCCCCUCCUUUUCCCUCCUCUCCCCUCCUCUUCCCUCCUCUUCCCUCCUCUUCCCUCCUCUUCCCUCCUAUCCCCUCCUCUUCCCUCUCCUCUUCCAUCCAUCUCUACAAUCUCUCGUCCUUCUUCUUGGCCUGCUAUCCCUUCGUCCCAGUCUUCACACCUGUCUACAGUAUACCGUCACCACCAUCACCUCCCCCCAAAAUACCCCACACUCUCUCUUCCUACUUCCUGCCUCUUAUCCCUUAG